AUUGUGCAUAUAGCAACCCGUAUUUAUUAGUCGUCGAGCCAGGUCGAAACACUGCUUUCAAAAUUUCUUUACAGCUGACACUGUCAUUUAAUAGUACAUUUGCGUUGGAAAAAGGACACCGGUGAUUAUAUAAUUAUGACGACGUACAGGCCUGGAGAUUCAAAACGUGAGGAGUUCCGCAAGUAUCUGGAGAAGGCCGGAGUCUUAGAUGCUCUCACAAAGAUCUUGGUAGCCCUGUAUGAGGAGCCAGAGAAACCAAAUGAUGCACUAGACUUUCUGAAAGCUCACAUGGGACAGGGUGGACCAGACACGGCUGAUGUAGAAUCCUUGAGACUACAGGUCAGCGAACUCAUGCAGAAGGUAGAACGGCUACAGGACGAGAACAGGGAACUCAAGGCAAAGGUCCAGAUGGAAAAUCCUGAGGUUGAACCAAAUCCAGAGAACUGAACUGUUACUGGACCUACAUGUAGCGGUGAUAGACCCGGGAGGGGGUUGGGUGGGGUGAGGAUGGAGGAAGGGUGGGGGCUGGGUGGAUGUACAUAGGGAAAAGUUGUAGAGUUAUCAUGUGUUGCCUUUAAGAAUCGAGUCUUUGAUAUUUUAUGUGUGUGUUUUAUCAAGUAUACAGCCUUUAUAUGUUAUUCACCAACCCUUGACCGUUUCACAAGCAAGAUUGAGAAUCGUCUGUUAAUUACAGUCUGAUACCCAUGAUUGAUAUGACUAGUAAAAUGUCCUUUUUUCCUUCUCAAAUAUCAGAGCAGAUAUGUAAGUUCAUCACCAUUUAGAUAAAUGUUCUCCUGAAAUAUGUAUGGUGCCUAACUAUAUAUCCACAUCAUACCCAUAAUUCAUACAGAAAGUUUUUUUUGUAGAGGUGUCGUUGUCUAGUAGAAACGUCUCCGGACUGUGGAUCACAUGGUUCGCAGUUCCAGUCCUGCCGAGGCACUAAUGUCCUUUGGCAAGACAUUAAUCUGCAUUUGCGACUCUUGAAUUCUUGAAAUCCUUUUUUUUUUACAGUUUAACCAAAUUUACUUACAGUACUGUGACUACAGGUAAUUUAAAAUUUCUUAAUUAUUACACGAUACUGAUUUAUUACAGAAUACCUAUGACUUGAUUAUAGAACAAGUGUAUCGGUUUCACUGAAAUUACAAGAGAAGCAGAUGGCCUUUUACAUGUCACACUCUUUUUAUAUCCUUCUGCUCAAGGCUAUAUUGCAACUGUCAUUUUCAAUUAAAGAAGAAAAUUUGAACAGUAUGGAAAGUUGGAAACUUAAUUUCAGUUUAAAAAAUAUAGGAAGAAAUUUGUAAUUUCAUCCCAUUUUGCUCUUCCAAAAUAGCACACAAUUUUAUGAGAAGUGCAAAAGUUACACCUCUUGCUCAAAUUUUCAGUUAAAGUUAAGGGUUUGUAUUACAUGUAUGUUUCUUGGUUUAUUUUUACAUUCCAUGUGCAUUGUACAUUUUUUAAGGUCAUGAAAAAUAAUCAUAAGAAGUAUUCUGUAUUUUUCAAAAAGGCAGAGGAUAAAAAAAGUAUGAUAGUAUAUUUUGAGGGUAUGUUCUACUACUGAUGUGUCUUGCGGGUCGACUUUGUAUGUAAAUGUGUAUUUAUUGUAUCGGGAUAGAGCGAAGUGAUAUUGCUUAAUACAUGUACAGCUGUUGGACAUAUCGAUAUGAAGAUAUAGCUUUGCACUUUUGAUUUUUGUAAAUGCCUUGUUUUGGAAAAUACAAACCCUGUAUGAAACCUUAA